GCGUCCUGCGUUUUGACUAGCGGGUAAUUACAGCGCCGUAAAUAACACGACCCCUGCGGAGCCACGGCGCGUCUGUGCUGAAGACAAGACGCCAGCCGCCGCAUCGAAAGGCAGUGCAUCUCGACGGUCGGGAUAAAAGGGUGUGCGACGAGAAGCACCCGGCGCACUCGGUCCGACGGCUGUUUGCCCGCGCGCUCGCCGCUGACAGCCGGAGGUUCGCCGUCUGCCCGUGAAUCGCGGUCACCCGGGGGAUGUCGGGCGACUACAGGCCGGUGGGCAAGCCGGGCGACGCCCCGGCCGCGGGGACUGAGUGCCGGGCCUACCCGCGCCGCUGGCUCGUGCUGGCGGUCUUCGCUGGCGCGUCCGCGGCCAACGCCUCGCACUGGAUCUCGCUGGCCAUCGUGGGCAACGUGGUGGGCGAGCACUACGGCGUGACGCCCGCCGCCGUCGAGUGGACUUCCAUGGUGUUCAUGGUGACGUACGUGCCGCUGGUGCUGCCGGCCGCCGGCAUCCUCGACAAGUGGGGUCUGAGGAGGUCCCUGCUGCUGGGAGCGGCGGGCACGGCGCUGGGCGCCUGGCUCAAGGUGCUGGGGACGGCCAGGGACCACUUCUGGGUCGUCCUCGCUGGACAGACCGUCGUGGCCAGCUCGCAGGUGUUCAUCCUCAGCGUGCCCCCGCGCCUCGCCGCCGUCUGGUUCCCCGCGCACCAGGUGUCCUCCGCCUGCUCCGUCGGCGUCUUCGGCAACCAGCUGGGCAUCGCCGCGGGCUUCCUGCUGCCCCCCCUGGUCGUGAAGCGGCACGACGACGCGGAGGCCACGGGCUGGGACCUGGCGCUCCUCUACUACGGCAUGGCGGGCCUCAGCUCCUUGUGCCUCGUCCUCGUGCUGCUGUUUUUCAGCGAGCGGCCGGCCACGCCGCCCAGCCCCACGCAGCUCCUCAAGCUGUCUGCGGCGGAGACGCCGGGCUUCUGGGGGUCGCUGAGGCGCCUGCUCGGCAACCCGGGCUACGUCCACCUCACGCUCUCCUACGGCCUCUUGGUGGGGGUGUUUUUCGCGCUGUCCACGCUGCUCAACCAGGUCAUCCUCUUCUACUUCGAGGACGGGGAAGAGCUGGCCGGACAGGUGGGGCUCCUGAUGAUCCUCGCCGGGAUGCUGGGCUCUGUGGUCAGCGGGCUCGUGCUCGACAAGACGCACAGGUUCAAGGAGACAGCCUUGUGCGUGUACUUCAUGUCGCUGGUCGGGAUGUGCGCCUUCACCCUCACCCUGGACUGGGACUCCAGGCUUGCCGUGUUCGCCACCUCCGGCCUGCUGGGGUUCUUCAUGACGGGCUACCUGCCGCUGGGCUUCGAGUUCGCGGCCGAGCUGACGUACCCGGAGCCGGAGACGACGUCGGGCGCGCUGCUGAGCGCCUCCACGCAGGUGUUCGGCGUGGCGCUCACCUCGGCGUACAGCUGGGCCGUGGGCGGCGCGGGCGUGCUGUGGGCCAACAUCGGGCUGUGCUGCGCGCUGCUGCUCGGGCUGGCCCUCACGUGGGCCAUCAGGCCGGACCUGCGCCGCCUGGCCGCCGCCAGGCCCCCGGGCGACAAGCUGCUGUCCGCCUAGCGCCGCCCGCCGCCGUCCUGUCUCCUCCUCCCUCUGGUCUGCGGCUGAUGUGACUGGCCAGACUGCGUGGGAGGAGGAGCGAGUUAGAGCUCCUCCUCUCUAUUCUCCUACAGCACUGUGGCUUGUUCGCGGUAACCUUGGCCCUGGCGUGAACUAAGAGAGCUCUCCGCGUGCACACUCGAUAUCCCAUCCCACUGAUCCUCAGUCGCUGUGAUUAGUCAGUUCACACUCGAGCCGCAGCAAGUUGUGCUUCUUUUGCCUCUUGUUGCCUCUACUGCACCCUACUCGCUCAAACAAAAUAUUGCCAACAAAGUGACUCACUGCACAUUCAAAAUUAUUUAUGUUUCUUAUUUUGCCAGAUAAAUUUUGUAAACCUCACUACAGUAAUUUCUAUUAAGUCUUAAUCCAGGUAUGAAACUUAAAAAAAAAUCAGCAGAUAAACUAUCUUGUGCUAACAUUAUGUAACUUACAUUACUAUGCCAAAAUAACAUUUUGUUAUUUUGUAGUAAUAUUUUGUUUUGUAUAUCACUUUUGUUUUGUCUAUUCUUAACAUUAUUCUCGGAAUAAAUUUUUUUUCAUAAUUUUUUAAAUAUUGAGAGAAUUACAAAAAUACUGUAUAAAAUGAUGCAAUUUUCUUAGCUAUUCUUUAACGAUUUAUGUGUAAAGAAUUACUUAUUGUUAUAUUAAUAUUUAAAACGUCUGUGACAUUUAAUUUUUCGCAUGUGUACUUUAUUGUUAAGAAUGCAAAAACGUUCUUUGUAUUACUAUCUUACAUUUCCAGCCAUCUAGAUCUGUUAUUUGAUAUGAAUUUAAACUACUUGGUUUUGUGACAUUGGAAUAUUGUCACUGUACUUAUUCUAGCUUGUGUGACCAACCACAAGUGAUGUGAAAUGUAUGUAUCUGUGAAAUUUUAAACCUAACGAAUAAAAUAUAAUGUGAUAAU